GACUUGCCGCCUCGGCGGCGCUCGCUGGCGGACUGGAGAGCGGCCACGGGGAGGCAAGUGACCGUCGCGGGCCCCUGGCGGGCGGGCGGGCGGACGGUGCAGCCCCGUGGCGGAAACCCGGCCUUGACCACCCGGGGUUCGAAUCCCGCCCGUACCCGAGGCCCGAGACUAGGCGUCGAGGCGGUUCACGUGGGACCCCCCCCCCCGACGGUGUAGGCAUCUGAGGCCCACGACCAUGAGCGACAAGCCCGAAAACGAAAGCCCGGAGGCCCUGGAUGGCUGCGGCCAGGACAGCAGCAGAGCCCCUGCAGCCCCCCGGGAAGGGGAGGAGGAGGAGGAGGAAGGCCCUCAGCCUGGCCUGUACAGCUACAUCCGGGCUGACCUGUUCACGUCCGAGAUCUUCAAGCUGGAGCUGCAGAACGUGCCUCGCCACGCCAGCUUCAGCGACGUCCGGCGCUUCCUGGGCCGCUUCGGCCUGCAGCCGCACAAGACCAAGCUUUUCGGGCAGCCGCCGUGCGCCUUCGUGACGUUCCGCAGCGCCGCCGAGCGCGACAAGGCCCUGCGCGUGCUGCACGGCGCCCUGUGGAAAGGCCGGCCGCUCAGCGUGCGCCUGGCCCGGCCCAAGGCCGACCCCAUGGCCAGGAAGAAGCGGCAGCGGGAGGAAGGCGAGGGGGAGGCGCCAGUGGCCGCGCAGGUGGCCGACGUGGUGACCCCGCUGUGGACGGUGCCCUACGCCGAGCAGCUGGAGCGCAAGCGGCUGGAGUGCGAGCAGGUGCUGCAGAAGCUGGCCAAGGAGAUUGGGAACACCAACCACGCCCUGCUGCCCUGGCUGCUGUCACAGAGGCACAAGCACCACAAGGCCUGCUGCCCCCUGGAGGGGGUCCGGCCGUCGCCCCAGCAGACCGAGUACCGGAACAAGUGUGAGUUCCUGGUGGGCGUCGGCGUGGACGGGCAGGACAACACCGUCGGCUGCCGGCUCGGCAAGUACAAGGGCGGGACGUGUGCCGUGGCCGCCCCCUUCGACACCGUGCACAUCCCCGAGGCCACCAAGCGGGUGGUGAAGGCCUUCCAGGAGUUCAUCCGGUGCACCCCCUACUCAGCAUACGACCCCGAGACAUACACGGGCCACUGGAGGCAGCUGACCGUGCGCACCAGCCGCCGGGGCCAGGCCAUGGCCAUCGCCUACUUCCACCCCCAGAAGCUGAGCCCCGAGGAGCUGGCGGAGCUGAAAGCCUCCCUGGCGCGCCACUUCACGGAGGGCCCGGGCCAGGCCAGCGGGGUCACCUGCCUCUACUUCGCGGAGGAGGGGCAGCGGAAGACCCCCAGCCAGGAGGGCUUGCCCCUGGAGCACGUGGCCGGGGACCGGUUCAUCUACGAGGACGUGCUCGGCCUGACCUUCCGCAUCUCCCCGCACGCCUUCUUCCAGGUGAACACAGCCGCAGCCGAGGUGCUGUACACGGUCAUCCAGGAGUGGGCUCAGCUGGACGCGGGGAGCACGGUGUUGGACGUGUGCUGUGGCACUGGCACCAUCGGCCUGGCCCUGGCCCGGAAGGUGAAGCGGGUCAUCGGGAUCGAGAUGAGCCAGGAGGCCGUGGAGGACGCCCGGGUGAACGCCUGUGCCAAUGAGCUCAGCAACGUGGAGUUCCACUGCGGGAGGGCCGAGGACCUGGUGCCCGCCCUGGUGAGCAGACUGGCCUCCCAGCAGCUUGUGGCCAUCCUGGAUCCACCCCGCGCCGGCCUACAUUCCAAGGUGAUCCUGGCAGUCCGCAGAGCUGAGAGCCUCCGGCGGCUCCUCUACGUCUCAUGCAAUCCCCGGGCGGCCAUGAGCAACUUCGUGGACCUCUGCAGAGCCCCGUCUAACCGGGUGAAGGGGACACCCUUUCGGCCGGUGAAGGCCGUGGCCGUGGACCUGUUCCCGCAGACCCCGCACUGUGAGAUGCUCAUCCUGUUCGAGAGGGUGGAGCAGGAGCACCCCAACGGCACAGGGCCCCUGGAGCACCGGGACCCUCCAGCCCCACCCCCACCUGGGCCCCCAGAGGACCCCCCAGAGAGCUGUGCCCCAGGAUGCCCAGGGGCAAGCAGCCAGGAGGUGUGAGACCAGCAGGCAUGUGGCUGUGGCCCUUGCAGCCUGCCUGUCCCCACCCCAAGUCUUCUGGAGCAGUACCUAGGUUGGGAGGGCCAGAAUAAACGACUGCUGGGAGCCCCCAGGCCCCCCUGGACUGUCUGGAAGCCUCGGUCCCCAGGCCCUCGCUGCCAAGCCUGACCAUAGCAAGACUGCGCCCAGAGGGAGGACAGUGCAGAGCUCACCAGGAGACCAGUCCAGGCUCCACCCUGGGGCACCUAGCCUGUGGGAGGGGGCCUAGACAGGCCCAGUGCACAAGCCCCAGCCUCCCGUAGGCAGAAGAAAACAAUACAGCCAUUCCCUCUUGGACAGUUUGCUUUAUGCUUCAGACAACCAGGGCUCAGCCUUACAGCCAUGGCCAGCAUCCACACAUCAGCACUGGCAUCCGUCGGGGCCCCCGCGGCACGGCUGUGCACGCGCAGGACUCGACCCACACGUGGUGGCUGUGAGGACCCCGGCUGUGCUGGGGCCACGGUGAGGCUCACUGGCCUCUAGGGAAACACAAGUGCACAAAGCUUUGGUUCGCGGGGGUGCAUCUGGCUGCUCUAAGGGCAACAGUCACGGCCAACUGACUUGAAGCUGCAGACAGGAAGCGGGACGGAGGCAAGCGUGUGAUUAUAGCCACUUGACUGGGAGGGUUUCUUCUCUGCAGACCAACACAGAAGCCGACCUCGGUCACAAAGGUGGGACAGGAAGGAAAUGCUGAGGGUGGCCCCCGGCCAGCAUCCUAGCAACAAGCGCCGUCCACAGUCCUUGGGGGUGUGGUGAGACGGACACAGGGUGCACAGCCUGACACUGGACUCCUGCAUCUAAUGGUGCCCACAGCACAUGGGCCUGGAUCGGAGCUGCAAAUGGAGCUGACCAUCAGCCACUGUUGCAAGGGUCCUGAGGCUCAGACAGGCCCUCACCUGUACCCCACACCAGAACCAGUGAGCACGGGUCCUGGCUGUAGUCACAGGAGGCAGGACAGCGGCUGCCACUCACAGCCAGCUCUGGAUCCAGAACGGACUGCACCUGAGGCCCACUUCCUGUUUACACACCUCCACUUGCUAAAAUGCAUGAUUCCAAAUCUACCUUUCUACUCUCUCUGUAAAAGUUUCUCUCCAAAUGCUAAAAUAUCAUAAAAGCUUUAAAAAUUGA